UUGCAUGCGUCUUUUUGUUUUCUCGAUCUUCUCCUUUCUUCUUCCUCGUCAUCGUCGUCUCCACCUAAAGCCCUAAACCUCGAUUUUCCCGCCAAAUGUAUCAAUCCAUGAACUUAUCUUUUUCCUCUAACUUUACCCAGCGAGCCCUCCUCAAACCACGAUUAUGCCCCGGGAUCUCCGCCAGAGCUCGCAAAUCCCUCCAUUUCAAUCCUUACUGCAUCUCCUCCGGUCCCAAAUUCGACGAUUCGCCUCCGAUAAAUCUAUCCGAGAAGCUCAUUUCGCUGCUCAAAGCAGUUCCGAACUGGUCGGACGGCAUCAAAGAGAGACGGAUGCAGCAGAAACGCUCUCUCUACACACACGAGAAGUGGGUCAGGCACAGAAGCUCACUCCGCCAUCUGCGUCACGUAUCCUCGAGCCCCUCCUCACGAGUUAUAUUGUCUCUGAUUCCCCCUGUCUUCUUCUUCACCACCGUCGCGAUCCUGAUCGCCGGCUACAACUCCGCCGUGGGUUUAGACUGGUUGCCUAAUUUCUUCCCCGUCCUUCGAGCUUCUCCUCUUCCGUAUCAGCUGACGGCUCCGGCCUUAGCUCUGCUUCUGGUGUUUCGCACCGAGGCUUCUUAUUCAAGGUUUGAACAAGGAAGGAAAGCAUGGGUUAAGAUCAUAACUGGAACCAAUGAUUUAGCUAGGCAAGUCGUUUCUUCCGUUCAUGGCUCCGGUGAUGAAUUGAUAAUCAGAGAUACUCUUUUGCGUUAUAUUGCUGCUUUCCCUGUGGCCCUUAAGUGUCAUGUGAUUUAUGGUUCAGAUAUCGCUGAUGAUCUCCGGAAUGUGAUAGAAGCAGAUGAUCUGUCUUUGAUACUUGAAUCAAAGCAUCGUCCACGUUGCCUCAUCCAAUUCAUCUCUCAAAGCCUUCAGCUGCUGAAACUGGACAGUACAAAGAUCGAUAUGUUGGAAUCAAAGAUGCUGCAAUUACAGGAAGGAAUCAGUGUGUGUGAACAACUAAUGGGUAUCCCGAUCCCACUAUCUUACACACGACUAACGUCAAGGUUCUUAGUCUUAUGGCAUCUUACACUCCCUAUUAUUCUCUGGGAUGAUUGCCACUGGAAUGUUGUUCCUGCUACUUUCAUCAGCGCUGCAUCUCUCUUCUGCAUUGAAGAAGUGCCCAACUCCUUUCUCCUUCACAAUUGCAGCAUUAUUUAUAUAUCCACUGUUUUGUCUUGGCCUCGUUAUAUCUCACUCUUUAACUUUUGUUUGAAAUGUCUACAGGUGGGUGUUCUUAUAGAGGAGCCAUUUUCUAUGCUAGCUUUAGACGAGCUAUGUGCUAUGGUGCUUAGUAACAUUGAUGAAGCUGUUGAAUCCGAGGAGGUCAUACGCAAUCGGAUCAUCGCAAAGAAAAGGUUGCAUGAAAUUAAACACUCAUCCAAUGGUUGGCAUAAAUCUUGAAGUAAUAUAAUGACAAUCUACUCUGCGUUGUCAUAUGUGAUGUGAUAUAAACAGAGAGUUAGUAUGUGAUGCCUAACUUAGAUUUGCUAUUAUUAAUGUAGAACACGUAUACACGUAAACAGAGAGUAGUAUGUGAUGCCUAACUUAC